UUCUCUCGGCCAGAGACAUGCGCAGCGAGCCGCGGAACGACAGGUGCGCGCCGCGCCGACGACGGCCGCGAAUCGCUUAGUUUCGGGUAAGCGCACGAUUCGUCUCCACCUCACCUCGGGGAACGCUCGCCAGUCGCUCGCGAUUCCGUCUCCGGCUCGGUCGGUCCGCUCCCGCCAGCCUCGUCGUCCUCGCGAACCAGUUGAACACCAGUCUCACCCACUCCCGGCUCAUUGAUCACUGAUCGCCAAUCAAGUUCAUCGAUCACGAUCGCGACAGUUUUCCAGUUGGACCAGGAGAUCAUCAUUUCAUCAUUUCUGUUGGAUCUACUAGGCUGUGUGACGCCCCUUAAAGGACCCCUUAUCGAGCGCGCACGUGUGUUCUUCCUCUUCUCUGUUCUUCCCUUGGUUCUUCUCUUCCUUUUCGUUAGAGGAGCCUUCUUUUUAGCCGAGGUAGAAGAAUAUUUCUGGAGGGAGUGUGUUUUUGCCUGUUUCUUCCCCCAGAUUGGUUCCCUUCGAAAAUUGCACCGAACCCAAAUUAAAGUGCUGGUGAACAGGACGAGUGCACGAACCAGUGAGAGAGUUCCCACUUGGUGAUUAUUGUGUGGAAAUUACUGGUGGCUGUUUUGGUGAACGCUGUGGUGCUCUCUUGAUGAUUGUGGUGCGCUUUAGGAAAGUUUAGAUACCUACGAACGGAUCCCUUUAGGUGGAUCCCGCAUUCUCUCGAUCAUGCACUGGGGACAGCGCAUUUUCUGCAGAGUCAUGGAAUGCAAGCGACUACAGUGAUCGUCUUCCUGUUUCUCGGCGGAUCUGUCUUUCUGCGCGAGGCUGAGGGUAGCGGCGAGCCGUGGCUGAAAAGCGAAAAGUACGUCGAACUCGAUACGGAAGCUCUGUUGCCCUGCGUCCUGAAAUCACCGCAAUGCGAGGGUCUGCACAGCAUCAAGUGGUACCGCGGACCCACGAGGAUUUUCAUUUUCAGCGAGGACGCCGGAAUUAUACGCGGCAGUAACGACAUCGCUGCCAGGGCCGACAUAGAAUAUUCGGCGAAUUCGUCGAAAACGUAUCUAAGGAUACCCAAGGUUCAGCUAGAGGACGAGGGUCUCUAUAAGUGCGAAGCUACUUAUCUUGCGGUCAACCGAGAGUGCAACAACGUGCAGCACAUUAUACUUAAUAUCACGGUGCAACCGCAGUUUAUACGUGUCAUCGACGAAAGUUCGAAGAAUACUUUGAGCACCGGUGCCACUUUAGGACCCAUAAAUGAGGGUUCAACAAUAGCUCUAUAUUGCGAGAGCGGAAAUGGCAAACCUGUACCUACAAUCGAGUGGUUUAAAGAUGACCAGCCACUUGAAGCGACGAGCUCGUCGACCAUUACUGAUACCGGGUUAGGCACUGGAAGUAGUUUGCUGGAGAUGCAAAUUACACGGGAAGAGUUAGGCGCAACAUUCACGUGUAAAGUCAACAGUAUUGCCCUCGUGGAGCCACUCACCGUUGAUAUUAAACCAGAUGUACAUGUACGCCCGCUGAAGAUGGACUUAGAGGGAGUGGUCGGUCAUGUCGUGCAGGGAACGAAGAUUUUAUUGCAGUGCAAGGUACAAGCUGCGCGACCCGCCGCCAAUGUAACUUGGCAAAACGGAACGCAAUACUUAAGCGAGAGCAACGAGAGAUUCGAGAUGUUCGAGACGAAAAUACACGAAAACGCGGAUGGUACAUCGGAUACGAUAAGCAAUCUCGCGUUUACGGCAUCAGUAUACGACAAUGGCAGAACAUUCAACUGUUAUGCCGAGAAUUCUGUUACCCGUAUCGAGGAUUUGAAACCGAUGAAGGAAACGAUAACGAUCGAAGUAUUAUAUCCGCCGAUAAUCAAAAUGAAGCCAAACAAUAUAACGGUUAAUGAGACAGACGACUUUUUAAUAUUCUGCGAUUACGAGGCAAAUCCAGCUACGCUGAUAAAGGUGACGUGGUUACGAGACGACGAAGAAUUAGUAUUAAACGAAGAGCAUUACGACGGCGGAAUCACGGAACAAACGGCGCUCACGGUGAAAAACGCAACUCCUAGCGACAUGGGUUCUUACAAAUGCAUCCUGGAGAACAACGCCGGCUCAUCCGUUUCCGAGGACGACGUAGAGGUUUCGGUCUUUUACAAACCGGUGGUGGAGGUGAUAAUGGAUCCGGAAACACCUGUGAACGAGGCAGAUCGUCAGAACGUUUCGUUAACGUGCGAGGUCGAUGCCGGGAAUCCGGCGAUGCUGACAGCCGUCCGUUGGUAUUUGGACGGUGAUCUAUUGAAAGAACUUCCGGACUGCCCGAGGAACAACAACAACAACGGCACUGCCAUGACGACGAACGUCGAGGAAUCGUCGACGUUCUGCGACAUCGAUCCCAGCAAGCUGCUGCUGGAAUCUGUCGGCCGCACCUUUCACGGCAACUACUCCUGCGAGGGUAGAAACGAGGCCGGCUGGGGACCAGUCUCGCCGAGCACGCCUGUCAUAGUUUAUUAUAAACCCGGGCCGGCAUCGAUAACGUACGAACCUCGGCAAGUGGUGAAGAAGCAUCCAUUAUCCAUAACUUGCUUCGUUUUGGAUCCCGGACGGCCGAAGGUGUCGGGCUUCAAGUGGUUGCGCGGCUGGCACCGUCUUCCGGACGAGAACGACGCGACGCUCUUCAUCGAGUCGGUUAAUUUGGAAACCGAGGCGAAUUUCACAUGCCUGGCUUACAACGAAGCCGGCGACGGCGAUCCGGCCACAACAUUUAUCGACGUAUCUGCGGCCCCGACGUUUAUCAAGAAGCUGCACUCGUAUCGCGGUUACGUCUACAACUCCCCUAACGUGAGCAUCAUGUGUUGGGUCGAGUGCGCCCCGAUUUGCAAUAUUUCCUGGCUGAGGGAUGAUAUACCUAUGGACUUCUCGAAAACGAAUCGAUAUUACGUGUUGAACGUUUAUCAUCCGCCUGACCCGAGGACCAACGACUUCGAGAGUAUCCAAUCAACCCUCGUAUGGAAUCUGACUGUCUGGCCGGACGGUCAGCUUGACCGUGACGAGGAUAACGUCAAAUUCACCUGCAAAAGCAGCAACAACGGAAUUGGCCCGGGCGUAGAAAGCAGCACUCACUUUCAUGUUGAAUUCCCUCCGGAAGACAUCACAAUCUCGAAGAAGCUAAUCAACGUGACGGUGGACACGAUCGCGGAAAUAGUCGAGUGCGACGCGAAGGCGCGACCGAAACCGAACUUCCGGUGGUUCCGCGAAGGCUCCACCGACACCAUUAUGGAGGGUCACGUGCUCGAUUUGAAGAUGCCGGUGCCCAGACGUAGCAACGGCACUUACUACUGCGAGGCGUCAAAUCGUCACGGUUUCCUGAAUAUCUCGAUGGUUAUGAAUGUCCAAUUUAAACCGGAAUGCCACAUAGAGAAGGAACGAUUCGAGGGCCAGGAUUACGUGGUCUGCUCGGCCGUCGCGAAUCCAAAGGAGACGGACUUCAGCUGGUCCCUGAAGAAUGAGAACGACACGCUUGAGCAAAUCGCGGAGAUGCGAAACGGGCGAAGUUACAUGCUCCUCGAUACUUCGAUCACCAACUUCCGAACGUACGUCUGUGUAGCGAACAACACAAUCGGCCACUCCGUGCCGUGCGAGCGCGACAUACCAGCCCACCAUGGACAUAAAAGUCAUAUACCUUGGUGGCAUCAAUUAGAGGGUAAUUUGCUGCUAAUUAUUAUCGUCGUAGUGGUGGUCCUGAUACUGGUCCUAAUACUAAUCUGCGUGGCCAUCUACAUCGUGUGUCGACGUAAACGCAGUCAAAUGAAAUACAGUAACCGGGUGGUCGAGCUGGAGGAACGUGAACAUCCAGACGGUGGGCCGCCCAGUCCCACGGUAUCCUCGCACUCGGUGCAAAGCCCGGUGCAGCCGACCCCGGCGCCGAGAUGGCCCUUGAAGCCGGGCGUGCUGGUGCACAUCAAUCGGACACACAGCCUACGAUCCGGCGGCCUAGGCGUCCGGAGCGCGAACGAGUCUAAUCUGCGUAACGAGCCGGUGGGCAAACAGAGAGAGGACAGGUUCGGGCGGCGAUUUCCGUCCCCGGACGAGACGCCGCUGUCGCCGAUCGGCUGCAAUCCCGCAUCGCGCGGCCACGUGUUCCGACGGUGUAGGAAGGAGCAGCCCGCGCAGAUGACAACCAGCAUGACCAGUCUGACCAGUCACGAGGACGGUAUGCUCGCCCGGGCUAACAAAAUAAAAGCUAUGUUUGGGGUGCAGCUCAAGGAACAGGCCACCCUGCCCGGGAUAUCCCGGGAGAAGACAGCCGUGACUUACAAAAGAAUCGUGCCGCGGCAGCGAAUGCUGCACUCCAUGGAGCCACUCCCUCGCGAGCCGAAUCGUGGCAAUGCAUCUCGUAAGCGAAAAAAGCCGGGUGCAGAUCCCAAUCAAGCCGCGAAUAACAAUCAUGUGAACAGCGUGUCGGAAGUUCUUCCCGACUCGGGGACGAAGACGUUCUACGAAAACUUACCUUUUCACGGGAUUCAAGCGCCACCUAACAAGUUGGUUACCCCUAAGUUUGCCCGAGUUUCGGCUUUGCAUGGCGCAUCGUUGCAUCAUUCCUUCACGGCCUCGCCGUGCUCCUCGCGGCCGCCCAGCCGAGCUGUCAGCCUCUGCGACGGCAGCUCCGGCUACGAGUCUACCAUGAGCCACUUGGGGCCCCACUACACCGUUUACAACGUGCCCAGAGGCAACUCGCCGAUCCUCAAGUACAACACCCUGAAGCCGCGGCGGCGCAAGCAGAAGCACUCCCAGCAGUUUUACUCCCUGCGGCUCUGCCGUAGGCACGAGAACAUCCGCCGGAAGUACGAGCUCUACGCGAUACCGAUCUACAAGACCUGUCCGCACAGGAGCGACAGCACGGCGACGAUCGCGACGAUCGUACGAUCGAUGGGAGAGGCUCCGUCCACUCUGAGCCUCAGCCAGAGAUCGAUCAACCUGACGACCAGAUCAGCGCCCUCUACGCCGAUCCCGUCGUCGCCGACACUGACGCCUCCGAUUCCGGCCCCGAGGACUUCCAAGAAGAUCGACCCAUCCAAACACACCUAUCAAAAUGUCCCUCCCCCCGUUUUUCCACCGAGAAACGCUUCGUUGCCUAAGCUUAAGACCGACAGCCUAUACAACUACAAAGAACACUACCAGCAACAGCAUCGGCAGGAGAUGCAGCAGUACAGCUACCCCUUACCGAGCAACAGUUCGAACCAACUAACACUGCCACUAACGCGCAACCUCUACCAUCCCUCGAUAGUUAGUCCCCUGCAAACCUCUCUCGUCCACACUACUAACAACAGUCGGCCGUCCACCCUGGUGCAUCACGAGACCACGACCGAUAAUCACUUGUCCGCGGUUUCGCGGGACGAGGAGCAUCAUCAGCAACAGCAACAGACUUACGGCAAUCACGACGCGAGGCAGUCGUCGUCGCGUCGACACUCGUCGACGAAUCGGCGAAACGAGCGUAACCGGAAGUACCGGAAGCACGAGCGUACCUCGGGCGAUCGGAACAAGUCGAAGCAGAAUCGGCAGAGAGGAGACGUUCCGUCGCGACGUAACGACACCACCUUCAACGGUGUUACACCCUCUGAUUGCGAGACCAGUUUCCAUCAGAUUUCGGACCUGGACGUGUCCGAGACGAUGUACAAAAUCUCGUAUCCGCAUUAUUACGAAGACGACAUGGACGACGUGGAUGUGGAGUGUUCCGACUAUCUCGGAUCCAACUCGGUGCGUCAGCAACAGCAGCAACAUCAUCAGCAACAGCAGCAACAUCAUCAGCAACAGCAGCAACACCAUCAACAACAGCAGCAACAUCAUCAGCAACAGCAGCAACAUCAUCAGCAACAACCACCGUCGUGGGAUCGUCAGUCGAAUCGCUGCAACAACACGUCGCAAUUCGCGACAGACGUGGACGAAAGUCGCAACAAAAUGUCGAAGACGAGGCUGUCGACGGGCAGCAACCAAAUCAACGACAUCCGUGCGUCUUCCACACCUACGAUAAUGCAGUACGCCGAGCUUCACUUCCGGGAUGUCGGUCAGGAGAUCGAUGUCUAAAGCCCUUCAAGCCGGAAUUCUCGGAUCUCGAUUAUGCGGACGUGGACUACAAAUCUUACGG